AUGGAGGCCAUCAAGAAGAAGAUGCAGAUGCUGAAGCUGGACAAGGAGAACGCCCUGGACCGGGCAGAGCAGGCGGAGGCAGAGCAGAAACAGGCGGAGGAGAGGAGCAAGCAGCUGGAGGAUGAGCUGGCCGCCAUGCAGAAGAAGCUGAAGGGGACGGAGGACGAGCUGGACAAAUACUCAGAGGCCCUGAAGGACGCCCAGGAGAAGCUGGAGUUGGCGGAGAAGAAGGCGGCCGAUGUGCGUAUGGGGGACGGGAGCCCCGGCACGGGGCUGGGGGACGGUCCCCAAAAUGGGGCUGAGCGCAGGGAGGGGGGGUGGGCAGCCCUGGAGCUGGGCUCAGCACUCGGCCAUUGGAGGAGGAACGACGCCAAAGAAGGACGGAGGACAAAGUGCACAGCGCUGCUAUUGUUGGCUGCCGGGUCCAAGCAAACAAUGGCACCAGCCGUGCUGGGUUUCACUGCCCGGCAGCCACGUGGCACCACGGCUCUGUUUGGCACCUGCAGGGCCGUCACCCUGCUGCCAUCCCCGCUGCUUCGGCUGCCAUCGCCCCCGCGGGGCAGCGCAGGGUGGGGACGCUGA